AUGUUAUCCUUCAAGAAAGUCUACAGAGAAGAAUUGCUGCAGCUUGCUCUCCUUCUAAGUCUACUAAGGGUCAACAAUGACCCUUUCCAAGAAUUGGAUCUGUACGAUGGCGUAAACACUUUGGACUUUGACAAUGGAACUAGCUGGCAACAAAUAACUCCUGCAGUAUUAAGAUCUCAUUAUGUUAAUCCAAAAAGCCUAGACUCUGUGCUACUAAACUAUGAAAGAGACUUGUUCGCUGAUGUGCAUUCCCUAGGAAGAUUUAACAGACACUUUAGACACCCUGAUGUAACUACAUAUUUACUUAAUAUCGAAAGGACUGCAGCAGUGACAACACCAGAACCUGCUCCAGCCCCUAUUCCUCCAACUCCACCUCCUACCAAUGCAACAGAGAACAAUGCUGAAGCUGGUUCUUCACCAACCAGUGAUGGAAUCGGCUUAACUCAAGAGGUAAGCUUAGACUCUAAGAAAUAA